AUGUCCUCUGAUCAACUCCGCGUCCUCACCCUCAACUGCUGGGGCUUGAAGUACGUCGCCAAAAACAGGACAGAGCGCGUCAAAGCCAUCGCUGCUGAGCUUUCACGCCUCGACCACGAUAUCAUCGCCCUCCAAGAGAUCUGGGUCUUUGCUGACUAUCAGCAUGUCCGCGAAAGCCUUCUGAAGCGACUACCAUAUGCCAAAUUCUUCUACAGCGGCGCAUUAGGCUCAGGAUUAGCUUUAUUCUCCCGUUUCCCAAUACUGGGAUCGUCGGUGCACCCCUAUUCGCUGAAUGGAACACCAAUCGACGUCGGUGGGGGAGAUUGGUUCGUCGGCAAAGCCGCCGUGAGCAUCAUUGUCUCUCACCCAAUCCUCGGCCAAUUGCAGGUGUUCAACACGCAUCUCUACGCGAAAGGCGGGGAAGACGGGCCCGAACAUAACAGGGCACACCGACUAGUCAACGCUUGGGAGUUUUCUAAACUCGCGCGGCAGGCAGCGGAACUGGGCCGCUAUGUUAUUGCCGUCCGCCUUUUCCUCUUCAUCUCACACUCCAAACUAACCUUUCAUUCAAAGGCGGGAGACUUCAAUAGCAUCCCUGAUUCAUUGCCAAUGGCUGUGAUCAACGAAUAUGCUGCUCUAAACGACUCCUGGGCCGUCUCCCAUCCAACUUCACCCACAAUAUCCUCCCCCUCUGCCCUUGAAGCCAUCACACACUUCGGCGUCACCGCAGACUCGCCAUUGAACACCUACUCUGCUGGAAAACCCAUCGGCCCCUAUGCGCGAAAAUUCCUUGGCAAACGACUUGACUAUAUCCUCUACCGCCAACCAAUCCGACCGCAAACCCGACCCGACGAGCCAAUACCGCUCCUCAAGUGCACAGAAUGCAAUGUUGUCCUCACGGAAAAAGUACCGGGCCGCGAAUUUUCGUAUUCAGACCACUUUGGGCUGGAGUCUACGUUAGAAAUACGGACAGGCACGCAGGCGCCUGUUGACCUCGGUGAAUCGCACAACGUGUGGUCUGGUGGGGCGCCAGCCUCUUCGUCUGAGCUAUCCGGAGAGUCGGUGGCGACCGCACUACAAGCCUUGGCUGCACGCUAUCGCUUCACCAAACAACGAGCCCGGAAAGAGAUGUCAAUAUUUGCGCUCUGUGUCCUCAUUCUUGUUAUUCUGGUUGUGGGCUCGCCUUGGCUCCCCCAUGCGUGGAUUAACCCCAUAUUCCUGCUGUUCACAGUCUUCAUCGCGUGGCUGGGCACAACGAUGCUAUACGAGGGCUUCUUGUUCGGCAACUGGGAGUGCAAUGCGCUGAUGAACACCAUCGAGGAGUUGGAGAUUUAUAAGAACAGCUUGGAGAUCCAUCGUAGUUGA